UAGUGUUAGAGAAAAAAGAAAAAAAAAAGCACUAGUGAUUCUCCAACAAGAGUUGAGUAUUGCAAGUUUGCAACACUUUCACUUGAAUUCACCAUAGUGUUUUGAAUUUACGUCAGUAGGUUCUUGUAUAUUUAGUGUUUAGGUAGGGUAAUUUUAUUUAAAAUUUUCCAUAAAAUCUUUAUAAAAUCGCACCGAACUUCCUAUAAAUUAUAAGCAAGAGAAUCAUGAUGUCACCGUAUGAAAUCAGAACCAGAUUUUCGGGCUCGAGCUGUGAAAGUAUCUCCACGCUUUUAUCUAACAGCUUGAAGUGCUCAUACGGAAAUACUUAAAUUGUGGCACUUUAUAACUCAAAAUGGUUAUUAAAAAUUCAUAUAUAAACUGAUUCACAUAUGAAAAUUCGUAGAUGUUUGACAAAAAAAAAAAAUCAUGUAUAAACUGACUGAUGAUGCACAAAAAAUUAAAAAAGACACCCGAGAAUUGUGCUGGGACGAAUGUUAAAACCUUUAGAAACCCAUGGUCGUAAGAAAUUCUCCAAGAAAGUCUCCGGGAUCUUAAAUUCCUUUUAAUCAAAAAUGAAGAACCAUCUUUAAUUUAGAAAAUUAUUAAAAAGCUAUUUUUGGUAAGGAGAAGGUUAAACUUUGCUCGCUAACUCCCCUAAGACAAGAAAAAAAUGUCUCCCUUUUUUUAUGAACCCUCAAAAACAAUGUCUAACGUUUUGAACAAUAAACAAAAUCCAAGCAAAACAACAUUCAUAGACGAAGAGGCAACACCAUACAUCAUCUUUGUGAUAAACUUCUUCAAAAAGAGCAAAACCACAACAACAAAGAACAGCAGCUCCUUUUCUUCUCUUUAACCCAUGACUGCUGUUCUAUAUCUUUGCCUCCUCUGUUUCUCCUUCACCCCGUCUCUGCAACACGUCAGCGAGUCUGAGCCGCUCAUGCGGUUCAAAACCUCGGUGAAUAUAACCAAAGGGGACCUGAAUUCAUGGAGAACUGGAACCGAUCCUUGCAAUGGCAAAUGGUUUGGGAUCUACUGCCAAAGGGGUCAAACAGUCUCCGGUAUUCACGUUACCAAGCUCGGUCUCUCUGGGAUCAUCCAUGUCGAGGAUCUAAAGGAUCUCCCAAACCUAAGGACAAUCAGGCUUGACAAUAAUCUUCUUUCGGGCCCACUCCCUCCUUUCUUCAAGCUCCAUGGCCUGAGAUCGCUCUUGCUGUCAAACAAUAGCUUUUCUGGAGAGAUCGCUGAUGAUUUCUUCAAGGAUAUGCUACAACUUAAGCGCAUAUUUUUAGAUCAGAACGAUUUCACUGGGAAAAUUCCCACAUCCUUGAUGCAACUCACAGGCCUCGAGGAGCUUCACUUGCAAGGCAACCAGUUCUCUGGUGAGAUACCUUUGCUUACAGAUGGUAACAAGAAUCUUAAAUUAAUCGACCUCUCCAACAAUAACCUGGAGGGAGAGAUCCCAAAGAGCAUAGCAGAAAGAAAUAUUGUGAAGAUGAACUUUCAAGGCAACCAGAAGCUUUGUGGACAGCCGCUGAAUAUCAUGUGCGAUGAUAAACCACCAGCGUUAGGAAAAAACCCUAACGAAGUCACCGGGAAAGCCGUCUUUAUGGUCAUUCUUUUUCUUUUGAUAUUCUUGAUCCUGGUGGCAAUUAUAACAAGAUGGAAGAAGAAGAGGCAGCCCGAGUUCAGGAUGCUCAGCAAGGACCACCUAAGUGACACUGAAAGCGUGGAAGUACGCAUGCCAGACUCCGUAAAAAAGCCUGUUGAGGCGAGCAAGAAGCGAAGUAACGCGGACGGAUCCUCUAAAAAAGGUUCAACGCAUCAUGGGAAAGGUGGAGGAGGAGGCGGCAUGGGAGACAUUAUAAUGGUAAACAGCGAGAAAUGCUCAUUUGGUUUACCCGAUCUCAUGAAGGCUGCGGCCGAGGUGCUAGGCAACGGUAGCCUAGGGUCGGCCUAUAAGGCCGUCAUGGCCAACGGAUUAUCCGUGGUUGUAAAGCGGAUCAGGGAUAUGAACAAGCUGUCACGUGAUGCGUUCCAUGUUGAGCUACAACGUUUUGGGAAACUACGACAUCCUAACGUUCUUACCCCUUUAGCUUAUCAUUACCGUCGUGAAGAAAAGCUUGUAGUCUCGGAAUACAUGCCGAAAAGCAGUCUACUCUACGUUUUGCACGGAGAUCGAGGGACUUUUCAUUCCGAGCUAACUUGGUCAACAAGGUUGAAGAUUAUACAAGGAGUCGCACUAGGGAUGCAAUUUUUGCAUGAAGAGUUUGCGUCCUACGAACUUCCCCAUGGAAAUCUAAAGUCCAGUAACGUUCUAUUAAGUGAAACCUAUGAGCCACUGGUCAGUGAUUACGCAUUCCUCCCACUUCUUCAGCCUGACAACGCCUCGCAGGCGUUAUUCGCUUUUAAAUCCCCGGAAUUUGCUCAAAACCAGCAGGUUUCACCAAAAUCUGAUGUAUAUUGCCUCGGAGUAAUCCUUUUAGAGAUCAUGACGGGAAAGUUCCCUUCGCAGUACCUAAACAACGGCAAAGGUGGCACAGAUAUCAUUGAAUGGGUGCAAUCUUCGGUGGCGCAGCAUAAAGAAGAAGAGCUUAUUGAUCCAGAGAUAUCGAGUAAUACUGAUUCGUUGCAACAAAUGGUAGAAUUGCUGCGGAUAGGCGCUGUGUGUAUUGCAAGUAAUCCAGAUGACAGGGAAAACAUGAAAGAAAUUGUUACAAGGAUAGAACGAAUAACGAUUUGACGAGAUUUUAAAGAGAAAGUAAAAAGCCCUCGGAAUCUUUAGAUAAACAAACAUAAGAGGAAAGGUAUGUUAUAUAAAUAGGAAUGAAGAUACUUUUAUUCUUAAUGACAAAAAUCAUAUUUAUCUGUUCAUUAGGAAGAGGCCAAGAGAAUACCACCUUUUUCUUCCUUUUUUUGUUUCAUAGAACUUUUUCCCCCUUUUUUUGUUAGGAGACUAAAAUCGUAUUAGUCGUUUAUUUUUGCUUUAUUUUUCAAGGAACAUUGUUGUUUAUAAAUCCAUGUUUUGUGUUUAUACAAUGAAUUUUUACCAGUACCUGUCUAAUAUUUUUGAAUCUAUACACAUUUUAAAAGACGAUUUAUAAAUUUGACCUACUAAUAAAUAAUUGUAAUAUACGAGAAAAUCACAAUUAAUUUUUUUUAAUAUCACGUAAGUUGUUUAUAAAUAAAACAAAAAGUGUAAUAACUUUUUUUACUAUUAAAUUAUGGUUGUUUUUGUACAUAUAUAUUGGAGAAUAAUAAACCAAGAAGUCACUACUCCUGCUACUUCGACCUUCAUUUUUUCUAGAAAAAUCUCAGCUUCAGGUCCGGGUCCAUCAAUGCUUCUAGGUAAUAUAGAGAACUUCUGCUAAAAGGGAUUUUUUUUUCAUAUUUCAGGAUAUAGAAGGAUUUAGCCUAAUUUCAUACUACGACAGUCUAUGUAAAAAUAAAUCGUCUGUUAGAAUUUGUUAGGACAUCCUAGCGAAUUCCUGACGGUUUUCUUUUUCCCUACGACAUAGCCCGACGGAUGGCUCCGUCAGAAAUCUGUCGCAAAUGAGCAUUUUUGACAGGUUCCUGACGGAUUUUUAUCCCGGAAUUCACUUGUUUUUUGGUGGUAAGAUUUUGAUCAGAAUAGUUCAUCAUUUUGAUAAAAAUAUAUAAAUUGAUGUUUAAUAGUAGCUUACAAAGUAACAAAUUACAAUAAUUAAAGAAUUCGUAUACAGGUUAAAUUAAUAUCAUAUCAAAAUAAUACAAUUAGAUAUUUUAUGAACAUACUUUGUUACCAAAAAAAAAUUGAUGUUAAAAUACAUAGCUCAAAAGAUUAUUAUUUUUGGGUGGUGUUUGCUUGAUUGCACAUAUGAUAUACUAUGAAUUUUAUCCAAUUUUAGCUAUGGUAUAUAGGUGUUUUAGGAACUAUUUAUUAUGUAUUGGAGUCUUUUUAGCACAUUUACAGGUUAAGGAGUGUUUUGGAGAAUAAUGAUGAUUUUGAUGCAUUUUAGAGAUAAAAUGAGAAGAACCUCGUAGCUGACCAUUGAACAUGUCUGAUGGUCGACGAACAGAGACCAACAUCGACUGACGCACACCCUGUGCCGUUGAUGUU